AUGUUCGACUAUAUGGAUUUUCUGGACUUGGAAUUCGGAGAAGUUCUGGAUUUUUACACUGCCAGCAGCACCAGCAGCAGCCCGUCCUGCACGCUGCCGGACCCGGACGAGCCUUUCCCCGCGUUCUUCGGCGAGCUGACCGAACCAGACCGCCAGAUCCACCGGAAUAGUCAGUUUGCAGUGGAGAUCCAGGGCUUCAGCUCAGAAGAGCUCUUUGCCGGUCCUCCGUCUCCUCUUCCUCUUCCUCCUCGUACCUACAAGCCGUGCUUCGUGUGUCAGGACAAAUCCUCAGGUUAUCAUUAUGGAGUCAGCGCCUGUGAGGGCUGCAAGGGUUUCUUCCGGCGCAGUGUGCAGAAGGACAUGGCGUAUUCCUGCCACCGCGACAAGAACUGCAUCAUCAACAAGACGACCAGGAACCGCUGUCAGUACUGCCGCCUGCAGAGAUGCUUUGCUGUCGGCAUGUCUAAGGAGUCGGUGAGGAAUGACAGGAAGAAGAGGAGGGAGAAGAAAGAGGCGGUGAAGAUGACAAUCAUAGAGACAUAUGAGCUGACGGCGGAGCUUGGCCUCAUCGUGGAGAAGAUCUGCAGAGCUCACAGAGAGACCUUCCCACCACUCCGCCAGCUGGGAAAAUACACCACCAACUCGAGCUCGGACCACAGAAUCCAAUUGGAUCUGGGACUCUGGGAUAAGUUCAGCGAAUUGGCCACCAAAUGCAUCAUUAAGGUGGUGGAGUUCGCCAAGCGAGUGCCUGGUUUUACUGGACUGACCAUUGCAGACCAAAUCACCCUACUGAAAGCCGCCUGUCUGGACAUCCUGAUCCUGAGAAUCUGUACUCGUUACACUCCAGACCAGGACACGAUGACCUUCUCAGAUGGACUGACGCUGACCCGGACUCAGAUCCACAAUGCCGGGUUCGGACCAUUGACGGACCAGGUCUUCACCUUUGCUGGCCAGCUCCUCCCCCUGGGGAUGGAUGACACGGAGAGUGGCCUCCUUAGCGCCAUCUGCCUGGUGUCUGGAGACCGUUAUGACCUAGAGGAGCCGUCCAAGGUGGAGGUGCUGCAAGAGCCCUUGUUGGAGGCGCUGAAGAUCUACACCCGCAAACGACGGCCCAGCAUGCCCCUCAUAUUCCCAAAGGCCCUGAUGAAGAUCACAGACCUGCGCAGCAUUAGCGCUAAAGGAGCAGAGCGGGUGGUUACACUGAAGAUGGAGAUUCCAGGCUCCAUGCCUCCUUUGAUCCAGGAGAUGCUGGAGAACCUAGACAACCUCCAGAGGAAACAGACUGGGGUGAACAGCGGCCCUCAGCUGCUCUCUGUCUCCACACAGUAUCGAGACGGAGAACUCUGAGUGAUGGAACAAUACCCGAAGGGCCCGUCAAGCCCCAAGG